GCAAGCAAUAUGGCGUUGUCAACUCGUCUGGUCACACUGCAGGCAUAGGUUUUUUUCGCACAACUCUUUUUGUCGAGAAAAGUCCACGUUUUGGGCCAAAAUGACCACAAUCGCGGAUUUAUUCACAAAGUAUAAUUGCACAAAUUGCCAGGACGAUAUUCAGGGCAUUCGGGUGCACUGUGCGGAGUGCGAAAACUUCGAUUUGUGUCUGCAAUGCUUUGCCGCUGGGGCGGAGAUCGGCGGCCACCACAACAACCAUCCCUACCAAUUUAUGGACACAGGUACCUCCAUACUGAGUGUGUUCCGUGGAAAGGGGGCGUGGACGGCGCGGGAGGAGAUCCGCCUGUUGGACGCAAUCGAGCAGUACGGCUUCGGUAACUGGGAGGACAUCAGCAAGCAUAUCGAGACCAAGUCGGCGGAGGAUGCCAAAGAAGAGUAUGUAAAUAAGUUUGUGAAUGGCACGAUUGGAAAAGCGACCUGGACUCCGGCACAAAGCCAAAGACCUCGGCUCAUCGAUCACACGGGCGACGACGAUGCCGGUCCUCUGGGCUCUAAUGCCCUGGCCACCCUGCCGCCGCUGGACAUUAACUCCGACGAGGCCAUGCAACUGGGUUACAUGCCAAACAGGGACAGCUUCGAAAGGGAGUAUGAUCCCACGGCUGAGCAACUGAUCUCGACCAUCUCACUCAGCUCCGAAGACACGGAGGUGGAUGUGAUGCUCAAGCUAGCCCAUGUGGAUAUCUAUACCCGCCGACUUAGAGAGCGAGCUCGCAGAAAACGGAUGGUCAGGGACUACCAGCUGGUCUCGAACUUCUUUCGCAACCGAAAUUAUGCUUUGCAUCAAGGACUUACAAAGGAGCAACGCGAGUUUCGAGACAGAUUCCGGGUCUAUGCCCAGUUCUACACAUGCAAUGAGUACGAGCGGCUAUUAGGAUCACUUGAGCGGGAAAAGGAAUUGCGCAUCCGACAGGCUGAGCUGUAUAGGUAUCGCUACAAUGGCCUGACCAAGAUCAAGGAUUGUAUUCACUUUGAGCAGCACGCUGCAACAGCUACGCAUCGCUCCACUGGGCCAUAUGGCCACGGCAAGACCGACCUCACGCAACCGUCCAAUGGAAGUCAUCGGCCGCCAAGCUCUUCCUUGCACUCCCCACAACCGAAUCUCAGAAAGGUCGAAAUGUCAAGCGGCGUCGAGGCAAGUUCAAGUUCAAUCGCACCAAAAAACACGCUCCACACCGCCGACCCGACCUGCUCCGGCGCAUUAUUGCCCAGCAAAAGCUACUUGGAUAGCUGUCGGGGAUCGUCGGCAGCUACGAUGCUGCAGGCGACAGAGAUGGGAAUGGGGACAACAGUGGACUUGGGAGUGACGACGGGAGCGAUUUCCGCGGCUACGACGAUGGCGAAUCUGCCCACGAACUCGGCGAAGGGAAGCCAACAACAUCUGCAGUCGCUGCAGCAGCAUCCUCAGCUCCAGCAAAGCGGCAGUCACAAAACGCCAAGCGAGGCCGUCGACGGAAGCAGUGAGCAGGUGCCCAUGAGCCUUAAGUUACGCUCUCAGCUGGAGGAAUUGAAGCACCUACCGCAGCCUCUGGGCAGCGACCUGCUUAGCCACAACGAGCUGGACUUGUGCAGGAAGCACAAUAUCACACCCACUACCUACCUCUCGUUGAAGACUGUCUGCCUGAGCGGAGCACCAUCGCUGGGCAGUCCCAUGGAGACUUCGCUGCGCAAGUUCUUCAUUAAGUGCGGCUGGCUGAGCCACUGAUGGAACCACUUCCAUUUAAAUUAAGAGUAACAAGCAUUUCUCAAACUAAGGACUUCACUUUAUUUUAUAAUCGUUAGCAUAAGGUAAAGACAUUUUUUUAUACUGUUCAACUAUCGUUGCCAUUUUCUUUGAGGUAAAAACUACAGAAAUCAUAAAAUCAAUUCACUUGUAUCAAGUUAAGCUCAAUUAGCUAAAUUUUUGUUCCUUUGUGUGAAAUGUCGAGGUUCAAAUAUUCUGUAUUAACUUAGCUUAAGUAGGUGACCCAACCAAUUGAAUUUGUAUGAUAUGAAGAGUAAAAGAAGUAAUAAAUAUACUGCGAGUGUUCAACAAGGA